AUGGCGCAGCACGAUUGCUCUCAUGUCGCUAGUUCGCAGAAAGCUCUCAUGCUGGAAAUGAAGAGCCUUCAAGAGGAGCCCGUCGAGGGUUUUAAAAUAACGCUGGUAGACGAGGCGGAUAUGUAUAACUGGGAAGUGGCCAUUUUCGGACCCCCCAAUACACACUAUGAGGGGGGCUAUUUCAAGGCUCGGAUCAAGUUCCCCAUGGACUACCCAUAUUCCCCACCGUCCUUCAGAUUUCUCACUAAGAUGUGGCAUCCCAACAUCUAUGAGAAUGGAGACGUAUGUAUUUCUAUUUUGCACCCACCAGUGGAUGACCCCCAAAGUGGAGAAUUGCCUUCGGAGAGAUGGAAUCCCACCCAGAAUGUCCGAACCAUUUUGCUGAGUGUAAUCUCACUCCUAAAUGAGCCAAACACCUUCUCUCCUGCCAAUGUGGAUGCCUCGGUCAUGUACCGCAAAUGGAGGGACAGCAAGGGCAAGGACCGUGAAUAUGUAGAGAUCAUCAGAAAACAAGUAUUGGCUACCAAGGUCGAGGCGGAACGCGAUGGUGUUCAGGUACCCACCACGCUCGCCGAGUACUGCGUCCGCACACGAGCCCCGCCUCCCGACGAGGGCUCCGACCUCUUCUAUGACUAUUAUUACGACGACGACGACGUAGAGGACGGAGACGGUGACUGCUGCUACGACGAAGACGACUCUGGCAACGAAGAAUCGUGA